ACUCAAUAACCGAGAACAGAAAUUGGCAGAUUAGCAUCAGCAAAAGAUGGCCGCCACUAAGCUAUUGUUAUCAGACCUUGCAUCAAGCGUCAGCCAUGUUCCCUCAAACUACAUCCGACCAAUCUCCGACCGGCCAAAUCUCUCCGACGUUCAGACAUCAGAUGACUCCAUUCCCCUCAUCGAUCUACAGGGCCUCCACGGCUCCGACCACUCUGAAAUUAUCAAACAGAUUGGCGAAGCAUGCCAACAAAAUGGUUUCUUCCAGAUUAAAAACCAUGGAGUACCAGAGUCAUUGAUCAAAAAAAUCACGCGUACAUCAAGAGACUUUUUCAAAUUGCCAGAGAGUGAGAGGUUGAAGAAUUACUCAGAUGACCCUACCAAAACCACCAGGCUUUCCACUAGUUUCAAUGUCAAGACAGAAAAGGUGUCAAACUGGAGGGAUUUCUUGAGACUCCAUUGCUAUCCUCUCGAGGACUAUGUGCACGAAUGGCCUUCAAAUCCUCCAUCCUUUAGGGAGGAGGUGGGUGAGUACUCCACCAGUGUCAGAGGGUUGGUGCUGAGACUGCUUGAGGCCAUAUCGGAGAGCUUAGGCCUAGAAAGAGACUACAUUGGAAAGGCUUUAGGGAAACAUGCCCAACAUAUGGCGUUGAAUUACUAUCCACCCUGCCCGCAGCCAGAGCUUACAUACGGAUUGCCUGGCCAUACUGACCCUAAUCUAAUCACAAUUCUUCUUCAGGAUGAUGUUCCUGGAUUGCAGGUCUUAAACAAUGGCAAAUGGAUUGCCGUUAAUCCUAUUCCAAAUACCUUCAUUGUCAACAUCGGUGACCAAAUGCAGGUUAUAAGCAACGAUCGAUACAAGAGUGUGCUCCAUCGGGCUGUGGUGAACUGCAACAGGGAGAGGAUAUCCAUCCCAACGUUCUACUGUCCAUCACCUGAUGCUGUAAUAGAGCCUGCCAAGGAGCUGAUCAGCGAUGAGCAGCCAGCAGUGUAUAGAAAUUUUACAUAUGGAGAAUACUAUGAGAGAUUUUGGAACAGAGGCCUUGCAACCCAAUGCUGUUUAGACACCUUCAAAGCAUAGCAUCUUGAUCUAGUGCUUGAUCUAUAUAUUCUGCUGUUUAGACAUGAGCUGGAGUCAGUACCAACAUGUUUAUUUAAUUAUCAAAAAGUCAAUUUCAUUUC